AUGGAUAUUGAUAUUGGAAAAAUUGAUCGAAUAAAAGUUUGGCAUGAUAAUUCUGGUGUAGGUCCAGCUUGGUUACUUGAUUCAAUAAUAAUUCGUAAAAAACAUUCAAUAUGUCGUCCAAUAACAGACAUAUAUAUUCAACGUCUUGAAAAAAUAAGUCAAAUUUUAUAUCAUCAAGCAUGUGAACAAUUAAAAAGAGAUCAUAAUCUACAAUUAUCUUCAACAAAAGAAAAUGAAUCACGUUCAAUUGAUCGACGACAAAGUUCAAAAUUAAAAGAUUUGGAUGAUUUAUCAAGUAGUCGGGGUAUUUUACGUAGUCCAAUUAUAUAUGAUAAAGCUAAUUCACAAAAAAAAGUUACAUUUGAUGAACAAAGUCUUGGUUCUCAAGAUGAACAAUUUGCAAUCGAUACACAACGAAUGAAAAAUACGCAAAAAGUACUUGAACAAAAAAAUAAAAGAGAUUAUUCAUCACCACGAAUUGAAACUGGUCGUUUUGAACAUCAAGCAUAUUGGAUAUCAUCUCAUAAUUAUAUUGAUAAUAAAUGGCAAAUUAAUUCUAUUGAAGAAUCUAAGACAUUUGAUUUAGAUCCAACAACACGUUUAUUACUUCUAUCAGAUCGUUCAUCAAUAAAUACUAAAAUAAAAACAUCAAUUAAGGAAAAAGAUGAUGAUAUUUAUGAAUUUCAAGCUAACUGUUGGUUAACUACAGAUAAAGGUCAAAAACCUGAAGUAAUUUUAAAUCCAAAAUCAGUUCAAUUAUCAAAAACAGAAACAAAAUUAAAAUCAUUAUCAUCAUCAUUAUCAGAUAUGAAAAAUGAUACACAAAAACGAACUGUUAUUUCAACAACAAAAACAUCUUCUAACAUUCAACAUGAUAAAUAUAAUGAUGAAAAUUCAAAACGUUCAUCACAAUUUGAUCUUGGACCAUUAGAAAGAUCACCAAGAAGUCAAGCAUCGUUAGAUCGACCAUUACGUGAUUUAUCAAAAACACAAUAUGAUGAUUUAUAUUCAUCUCAACGAAGUGAUCAAAAAUUUUCUACUGCUUUAAAACGACAAGAAGAAUCUUCUAUUGAUAAAUAUCAUCGUUCAUCAUCACCAAAUCAACGUCCAAUAUCUCCUCAUAGUAACAAAAAUCUUAAAAUUUCAUCAACUAGUGAACAAGAAUUAUUAUCAAAAGCUUCAUAUGAAUCAGCAUAUCAUACACGACCAGCAGCUACUUCAUUAAUCGAUACUCGAUCAUCAUUAUUGAAUCAAUAUUCAAAAUCACCAAGAUCUACUAAAGAACCUAUGAGUUCAUUGAUUAGUAAUCGAGACUUAUCCGAAAAAAUGUCGACUGAAUCAUCAAUAAAACCGAAAUCAGUAACACGUACAACUGUUGAAAUGCCUUCAAAUAAAAUAACACGAAAUCAAAUAUAUAGUUCUGCUUAUGGUACAACAUCAUCGGAUGGUUUUUAA